CUGAGAAGUUCCACUGCUAAAGCUAAUGCCCUGGUGAAGUUAGUGGUUUUCUGGAUUUCUUCACCCACUGAUUUUUCUUACACCUCUUCAAACAAAGAGCCCCCUCUCUAUAUAUACAGAGAUACAUGCAUGCAUAUAUAAUAUAUUAUAAAUACGUACACCGAUACACGCAGGUACCUGGGCGUAUAUGUCUUUGUGAUGUGCAAAUUCAUGGUGAUCUUUUAAUGUUUAGAUUAUUCAAUAAAAAUGAAAUAAUGGUUUUUGAAAUCAUAGCCCAUUAAAGCAUUAGAAAAAGAAAAGCAAAAGCGAGGUUUUAUUUUUCCGUUAAACUUUUGCUCUUGACCUCUUUCUCCUUCCUGCAGAAGGUUUUUGUUUGUUUCUCUGAGAAAAUUUGGGGAGAAAGUGCGAGAAAGUCGGGAGAGAAAAAAGCUUUCGAGUUUUCGGUUUCUUUCCUUUUGCUCUCUUUAUUGUUUGCUUGGCUUUUUCCCUCUUCCUUUCUGUUUGGGAGAUUUAUUUUCUCAGUCAUGGAAACAACAGAGAAAAUUUGCAACAAUGAAAGUGAGAUCCUCUUCUUGCUUCGUCUCUGAGCUCAACUGAAGAAGAAGCCCUUUGUGAUCCUUCCCCAAAGUGAAUCAUGCUGAGGAAGAGAUCGAGAAGCAAGCAAGCUUUAAUGGCGGAUCCUAGCCAGAAACAGAACAAACCGACGUCGUUUCCUAGGCUCUUCACCGCUUUCAGCAGCUUUAAGAGCUUCACAACUGAAAACGACGCCGUCGCGAGCCCUACCUCGACCCUCGACCCCAAACCCUUCUCCGUGCCCGAGAUCCGACUCAAACCCGACCCGAAACCCAUCGGCCUCGCCAUCGUCGACUCUCUCCUAGACGAAAAACAAACCGGACCCGGGUUAACCCGAUCCGGGUCUCGGACGAUCCUGUUCGGGUCGCAGCUCCGUAUCCAAAUCCCCGAAUCCUCACGUUCUCCGGCCGAUUUCGGAAUCAAAACGAGGAACAAUCUUCACCUCGGUUCGAAUCCGGUUUCCGGGUCGGGUCAUGAUCCUGCCAGGGUUUUCACGGGUUCUCUCUCGGCGAGCGAGAUGGAGUUAUCAGAGGACUACACGUGCGUGACAUCUCACGGACCCAACCCGAGAACGAUCCACAUCUUCGACAACUUCAUCGUGGAGAGCAUAUCCGACGCCGCUUCCUACCGGAGCUCCGACCCGACAAGAGAAAUCGGGCCGGGUUGUUGUUCGCCCAACCAUUUCCUCAGUACCUGUUGCACCUGCAAGAAGAAUCUUGGACCUCGGGAAGACAUAUUCAUGUACAGAGGAGAGAGAGCCUUUUGUAGCAGAGAAUGCAGGUCGGAGGAGAUGAUGCUGGAGGACAAGAACAUGAAAUAGGCUUUUUGAACUGUAAUGUGAUGAUGAGGCAUGAAAAAUAAUGAUUUAAUAAUUUAUAAUUUUUGCUUUAUAAAAAAAAUUAUAAUUUUUGGUGGCUGGCACUCUCGUAGGGGAGAGAUUUUGUAUUUGUGUAUUUUAUAUAUAUAUAUCUAUCAGAAUAUAAUCUGAUA